AUGACCCCACAACCCCUUUCUCCAGCCGAAAUCUCUCAACGUUCCCUCAAACUAUUCAACCCGAAUUUCAAAUCUACUCGUACAGUCCGAGAACCAACGAAGCCAAGUCUGGCAUGGUCGAAGCUCCCUCCUCCCGCUGCUGAGAUCGAUGAGAGGCCGACGUCCAGGGUGAGAAGGUUCAGAUUGUGGAAAGAGGUCACACCGGAGUUAAGGAAGGUUGUACUGGAUCGGAGGAAGAGAUUUCAUCUUCGACGUUAUCAGUCCUAUGCGAUCCCCGCCACCAUGUCAGAAGAGAAACGAAAAUUACUUCCUAUACCUUUACCUAGACCUACUCGACCAGGUUUGCCCACCUUGAUCCCUAACGAGCAUGAGUGGACAUGGAGCACACCUUACAAAAAGCGACCUCGACUACGACCUCUAUCGAAAAUGAAGGAUAAUACUUCGUUGGUGGGUGAAGGCAAACUGUUGACUCCUCCUUUGUCACCAGAAGUGCAAUGCUUCGACGACGAGAAUAAGGAUGUCAUGCAGGUACUUAGGGAUGAUGGCUAUGGUAUAACGAAGGCUCAUGAUGUCCAACUAGAGCCACCGUGUGAUAUGGACGUAUUUGAGGGAAGACAAUCCUAUCGCACAUCUCAAGGGCAAUCUACUGUCACCAGCCAGAGAGAACACUCCUAUCUGAACGGGAAUGAAGCACCUGCUAUCAGUCAAGAGCAUAUUCCUAUGGAUCCGAAAUCGAGCUCCUCUUCAUAUUGGCUUCCCCCUCUUGCCCCAUCGAACGACUUACCAUGGCGUAACAAGUCCAUCGCCAAGAGAACACGCAAUAUGAAUUACCAAAAGCUGUUAGAAUAUAAAUGGAUACUCGAUCAGGAACAUGAGCGAAGGUUUAGAUUGGGUAUGCAACAGCUGAUGAGGGAUAUGAUGGAAUGGCAGAAUGACCAUACGCUACCAUAUAAAGAAUGGAGAAGAGGUCAUAAAUGGAAAAAGGAUGUUGAUAUACAGGAAGUCCAAGCUACUACCGAAUUCUUCAGGAAGAUCCGUAAGAAAUCAUCCAAUAUUUUCCUUUACCUUUCUCCAAAAAACAUCGCUCAGGUACCUUUCCGAGAUCGCGUGCAUUCCUUGGUGAAAGAUGAGGAAGAUCGAAAGAGGCGUAAGAGGGAGAAGAAAGAGGCCAAGAAGAAAGAAGAGGCGCAUCUUGCAGACGAGAAACAGGCUACGAUCCAAAACCUGCCUGCUCGCCCGAAUAGCAAUGGAGCACGAUAUCCGGAAGAUACGAGUAGAUCAGAAGUCGAUAACAUGAUUAUCGAUCUAUCUCCUUUCCGAAAUGAUCCUAAAGCCUCUGCGGAGCAGCGUGCGGAAUUGACAGAUUUGAUUGGGCGCCUGACCGCCUUGAGAGCGCGGAAAGAGGAAUUGAUCAAGAAAUUGGAGGAGAAAAAGAACAGGAGAGAAGAGCUAGUUCUGAGUCAGAGCCCGAUUGAAGAAGAUGGAAGCAAGACAGAUGGAAGGCAGGAGAAGGAGAAGGAGAUGGAGAGGUAUCUGGAUAACCCCAUAGACGGAUCUGGCCAUAUCAUUGUAGGACCUGAUAUGGAGGAUGGUCGGACUCGAUCGAAGGAUGAUGAAGAUCAGGAUUUCGCGAAUAGAGCGGCUUUGUCCAAGGAUGACGGCGCUACCAAAGAUAUGGACGAGGUUCAGGUACGAUAUGGUUCCCUCAACUUGGAUGACGAUACCGCCUUACCAAUUUCGAGUGAUAUCCCUUCAUCGGCCUUCUCAAGAAGAGAAAUCGAAAUUGACCUAUCUGAUGGAUCCCAUUCAAGUUCUUUCGAUGGUGAAGGUGAUAAUCAAUCGGUGGGAUACGACAUACUCCCAGUGAAGCUGCAGGUCGACGACGAAGGCGAUGAAGUGACCAUCACACCUAGUGUUGAUAUGGCUGACCAGAGAGAUACCCAAUACUCUGGUAUGGGAAGUCUGACAAGUCAGAUCACUUUUGUAUAG